UAUAAACUUUUAAAACAAUUUUGUAACUAGUUGUUUUUCUUAUGCUUUCUUUGUGAUGAACUCUUUACAGGUUUAAAAUGAAAUAAAAUGUUAGACAAGAUAAUAUUUGUGAUAUACUUCACUCUUUGUCUAGUCAACAGUGUUCUUAGUGAUACUGAACAGCAUCUUCUUUCAUAUGAAGCCACUACUAUUAAACACAUAGAAGAUGAUUUCACAAGAUCUGAAGCUUUCAAACAUGUCACAACUUUGAGCUUCUUGGCAUGCCGUAAAAGGUAUACAGUACAAUUACAAGUUUAUUUUCCACUUUAUUAUGAAACAAGAAUUAAAAUUGUAUCUAGUGGUAGAAAGGAAUUCUCCCACCAAGCUGACAUUGACGACUAUACCUUAUACCAUGGUCAAGUGAAAGAUGUUAACAAUUCAUUUGUAUUAGGUUAUUUUUUAGUUUCGGGAGGAUUUCAAGGUUAUAUAAUGACUGAUCACAUAUGCUGUAUCGAUUCGCUGCAUGAGAAAAAUGGCGUAACCAUUGCGUACCGGUUUAAAGAUGCUGUACCGCCGGGAUGUCGAAUUGACCGUAGUGGCAAGGAGAUUGAUUGCUUACAAUCUGAACGAUUCGAACCUUGGUUUUUAGGAAUUUUAUAUGAUAUUGAUUGGCAAAGACGUGAUAUGUCAAGAAAUGUUUCAGACAUAACCAGAGAUUUAUUUCCAGCUACUGAUAUGUUGUCUCAAGCUGAAACUGAAACCAUUGACGGUAAAAUAAAAUGGCAGGCAAUUACUCUUGCUAAUCUGUCAAAUAAAGCUACAUUUGGCAAUAGAAAGGCAUUUUUUAAGAAAAGAGAAAUACCACAAACAAAGAUUUCCACGUUAGAGCACGAAGAAGACGCUUUGUUACAUGAAGAGAUAUUAAGACCAGAUGGUGGCGUAGAAUAUGGAUAUGAUCAUCCAGAUGUGCUACCAGGAAUUGGUGAUUUUUCUGUUAAAAGUUCUAGAUUCAGGCCUAAUGACCUUUCUUGUGGUCUUAAAAUUGUAGUUAGUCGAACAUUGAUGGAGUUUUUUGAGAAAAGCACCACCGAUGUAGUUAAAGAUAUAUUUCUCCAAACAGAAAUGCUGAAUAUUCUCUAUAGAAAGAUAUCUUUUAGAAAUAAAACAAAGACUUUCAAAAUGAAUUUUCACAUAGACACCAUUAUUUUACCGAGUAAAGAACUUGUAGAAGAAACUGAGGAAAUGUCCUUAAAUGAUUUCAUUGAAAAGUAUACCUACUUCCACUCAAGUUUACAACCUGCUUGUCUUAUCGUAGGUUUGGAUAUGGUACAAGAAAAUACGAAAAAGUUUUUUGUAAGUUCGCAUGAAAAUGGAGAACCCUGUAGCAAGAUAAAAAAUACCAUCAUUGUGAGUCAUGGAACGUUAAAUAAACCAGAGCCCAUGGCACUGUACUUAGCUCAAUAUGUUACAACCAUCACUCGAGCUUUCGGAGCCACUGAUAGUGAUAAGAUAUGCCAAACGGGUUAUCCUCCAAAUCCAAUGGUGUUAAUCGAAAAUUAUUAUCUCUCUUCAAGUAUUGAACCUACAUUUUCAUAUGGCAUCUUUUCAGCUUGCAAUGUACGAGAAAUGGAGAAGAAAUUAUCAGACCAAAAAUGUUUCGAGAAGUUUGAGUACUCUACAUGUGGAAAUGCAAUCCGAGAAGACGGUGAAGAGUGCGAUUGUGGACCAAAACGAUUUUGUGAAGAAAUAGAUAAAUGCUGCGAGCCACCCACUCCUAUAUUUCAAAGCAAAAUUGGAAAACAUUCUAAUAAUACUAAUAGUACGCAAUGUAUGCUACGCCCUGAAGCAGAAUGCGCCACAAAGGAUGCUUGUUGUAAUGAUUGCAAAUUUGCAUAUUAUGGGACAAAAUGUGUGGAUAGAGCACAUCAUUGCAGUGAAGAAAUGUGUCUUGGUAACUCAUCAGAGUGCAUUUGUGUUGCGAAUAGUUCUCAGUCAAAAUCACAUCAUUGCAAGGGAUUAGAAUGUGGAAGCAUUCCGUGCGCCACAGAUAGUCUAAAGCCUUGCUUAUGCACUGGAAAAGAUGAAUGUCUGGUGUGUUGUAUAAAGCAUGAUGUUUGCAAGACUGCAACUCGAGAUUUAAAAGUAAUGGGGGAUUUACUUCUUGCUUUCCCCGAUGGCACGAAAUGUGGCGUUGCUGAUGAAGAUGCGCAAUGCUACAAUGGUUCUUGUAUUGUAAAAAGAAAGGAUCCAUUCAAGCCUAAAACUGGUCAAGCUCAAGGAGACUCAGACUCGAAUGAAUCGAGUGGAGGUUCGAAAAUCUCUCUCUGUUUUGGAUUCCUCAUAGGAUUUCUACUUCUUACAAUCCUUUUUCAUAUUAGUACUAUCUGGGAAUUACUCACCUUUAUACUACUUUAACACUCUUUUGAAAUUGUAAUAUUGUUUCCUCAUUAGCUUGUUAAUUUAUAGGUUGGAGCCGAUACAUAGUGUCGUUUUCAAUAUCUGGUGUAAACUAAACCAAAUAGAAACAAAUUUGAUUUGGAAGAAAGUAUCAAUUUUAAUGUGUAGUAUGUAAUCUAUUAUAAAAAUUUUAGUACAGUAAAUGCAGAAGUACCUGAAUUUAUCAAAUAUUUUUCUUAUUUCGGUUUAAUUUGUGUUUCUUUGAAAUUAUUUUUAUUUUUUUAAUACUGUGUGUCAUAUAUAUACUUUUUUGAAUAAAUUCUA